AUGGCGUUUCUGCUCGUAGACAAUUUACCACACAACAAUUGCAGAUUUCGAACUGCGAUUAAGGCCUUGGUGCUUCUGCUUAUAUUAGCCGGCCUUAUUUCGACUCUGCUAAUGGUAAAAGGCUUCUUGAUACCUUAUUCGUGCGAAAUAGUCCUCUCGAGUCUAGUGGGACUUUGGAAGUCUUGCAAAUGCUUCUUGUCUUCUCCUCUUUACGUAUGUAUAAUCAUCAACUUCAUGGUUUUGUUGAUAGCAGCUUCUUCCAGUCUACAACGACACGAAACUGAUAAUCAUGAUGGUAUUGUUGAUGUUGACGAGGAUAUGAAUAUCGAUAAAUCUCCCUUUGUAUCACCACUAGCUCCACAGCAGCCACCAUCGCCACCUCCUCAGAUUAAGAACCAAAACCAGCCACGAGAUGUGACUGAAGUAGAAGCGUCAAAACCAAGAACAAAAGCAAAGAAGACUACAUAUCAAGAUGAUCGUAGUCCACAAAUUUGGCAAGAUGUUAUAGAUCAAAUUUGUGUUGAUAAAAGAGAUGAGGAGUUUCCAUCAGGAUCAUUUUCUAAUGAAGCUUUAGUAGAAACAUCAGAAAGAGACAUGGGAGAAGAGAAAGAGGCACGAUUAGAAAAUAAUCAUGAAGAAGAAGAUACUAUGGACGCAACAUGGAGGGCAAUUACGGGUGAAGGAAAAGAGAAGGCUACAAAGAAGCAACUGAAAAAGAGUGAGACGUGGAACGUUGCACCACCGAUGAGGGCAGUGGCAGUGCAAAGCCACGACUUGGAGGAAUUGUUGCAAUCAAUUCCAGCAUCAUGGAAGGAGCUAAGGAAAUCAGAGACAUUUAACGAUGCUAUUUCAAUAAGGAAAAGAGGUGGCUUAAGGAGAGAUCCUUCAAUGAGUGGGGAUGAAUUGAACCACCAAGCUGAGGCCUUCAUCAAUAAGUUCAAUGAGAGUAUACGGUUACAAAGGCAAGAAUCUGAUCAGCGAUUCAAAGAUAUGAUCAACCGAGGAUUGUAG